AUGGUAUUGGUAGUGUUGUUAGACAAAACAAAAAAUAAAAACGAAACUUAUUUAAAGAAAAAACCUCACAUGAAGGUCGAAACCUUAAAGCCUUCUAUAAAACUUGCAAAAGAUAAACUCACACAAAAAAACUUCUC